CUGGCGACGGCCACGUGUGGCUCACUCUUUGGGCCAGACAGGCUUGGCGAAAGUCGCUGCCUAUAUUUUUCAUCUCGUGGUCCUAUUCCUUCAUGUCUCGGCUUAACGGCUUAUCGCGUAAGAGAAGUGUCGCCGACGCCCGGUUAGCACACGACAUUCUGUCUUCGUAUGUGCAGGAAUACAAUGGCCCAGGAAAAGUCAGACCCCCUCGCUAUGCCAAGAAGAAGGCGCCGGGCCACAAGAAGGCCAACAAACCCGAGGCGAAGGCCAACAACAGGAGCAAGAAGGUCAGCAACAGCUCAACCCCUUCAACCUGCCCGAUCAAGGGUCCCUCUGGCCGAAAGAGAGGGGGGAGAAGAACAACGAGAGCAGCUCGGAGUCCAACGAUGAGAACGAAGACUGGGGUAGGCAGACGAGGAAGGAAUGCCAAUUGGCCUGUUCCUGAUAGGUUUACCCGUGUGUCUCUCUGUGUGUUCUGUGUGUGUCAGAGCGGUGUCAGAGCGGUGGGCUGCCACGGAUACGUUCAAUGCCGAGCCACCCAAACGUGCAGGCAAGCAGCAUCAAGCCGGACCAGAAGAGCGAAGAGACGUACGACGAGAUCGAAGAGGGCCAGGCGGAGGACGAGAGGCCCAGCAAGAUCGCACGCGUGAUGAUGGAGACCGACCUGUCGAGGCUGGGGGAGGGAGAGGGAGGUGCGACAAUGGCCGACACCAUAUCCUGGAUGGAAAGGAUGGAGGAAUAGUGGCGGUGUGACAUUGCCAUUUCCUUGUCCCUGCCAUCAACCUGGCCGCUGGCAGAGAUGGGUGGGUGGAUGGAUGUGGGCUCAUGAAUGCGUAUUCGAUCAUGCAUGACUAGCUGCUCCUGAAGGAUGAAUGACACUAUCUCUCUGCUUGGCCGAUGUGAUUGGUGUUUUUUGAAAUGGACUUCUCUUCUAAAUGGC